AUGUUCUGUGACAGUUGACAUCCAAGGUUGACAUUUGCCAUAAAAUUAUAAUUAUUAUUAUUUGUGUUUUGGAAGUAGGUUUUUAUUCGGAGAAUAAUUUCCGUGAAAAUGGGUAUUAUGGACUGCUUCAGCAAUGUUAACAUGCCAGGUUGUCUGUGGUUUGAAGGGAACAGAAAGAAUGCCUAUGCUUCAAUGGUGGCUGGACUGUUGUUCUUUACUGGUUGGUGGAUCAUCAUAGAUUCAGAAACGGUUCAUCCUGGCCAGAUUCCAGCUGGAUACUGGAUGUGUGGGGUGGCUGGAACAGUGUCACUUAUUAUGGUCAAUUCUGUAUCUAAUGCAUUGAUGAGAGGCGACUCGUAUGACGGAGGCUGUAUGGGCACGCGUGGAGCAAGAGUUUGGAUAUUUUUAGGAUUUGUCAUGGGUUUUGCAGCGGUAAUUGCUUCUUGCAGUAUUAUGUUGACAGUUUACACUAACAGAGACUUGAAAUCACCAGGCGUUGCUCUGUUUCUUCAAAACACACUGAUCUGCAUCGCAUCGAUUUUAUUCAAAUUCGGACGUUCUGAAGAUGUAUACUAAAGAGCGUUAUAAACUGAUGAAUUAAAUAAGAUCAAAGUGUUUUGUGAGAAUCAUCUAUUUAACUAAAGUUUUUUUAAUUUAUGAUAGUUGUAAAUAUAUUUUUGCUGAUUAGCGCUAUGAUUUUUGGGCAAUGUAUGUUUGUAUAACGGCAAUUGCUGAAAGUAUGCUUAUACUUUGAACUACUUACUUCAACGAAUUACCUUUUUAAAUUCGAAAUUAAAGAAAACUUUUCAUUUAAACAAAAUUUAAUCAACAAAUUUUGGGGUUGCUUAACAAUUAAAACAAAUAUUAACAAUGUAUAGACAUAGAUUAGUUUAUAAAUAAAUAUAUACAAAAACAA